CCCCGGCUCUGGCGCCAUGGGGGGGGGGAAACACACCCCGGGACGGUCCAACCCACGAUUCUUCCUUCGUCCGGGAGCAUCCUUGGACUAGGGAAUUCGUCAGUAAGUAUACAAGGUGAUGGGGGCAGCACGACGAAUGCUGACAGUCUUGGCUACCGGAAAUCUCCCCCGUCUUUGCUUUUUAGGCGUCGUGGAUUGAGCACGUGCGGCCCUUCAGGUGCACAAUCGGCCUUCAAUUCCAUGUGGGACAACGCAGACAAUGCUGCCAUUCCAGUCCAUUUUGGUAUUCGUGUCUCGAAUAUGCGGCCAAUCGCCGAAAAGAAGAAAAUUCCCUCAACCCCUUGUCCAAGCCCAUAAGCGAAAUCUCUACUGAUACAGAACAGUGGUAAAUAGUAAAAUCAAACCGAGCAGUGAAAGCAAGCAAGCAGCUCACAGAGAAAAGAGCCCAUGAAUGUGCAGGGUGCACCGCCACGUCCCCAUGCCAGAGCCUCAAAUACGUCUCUCAUGCGAGUGAAGCGCUGAUAAAGUCCGGUAACCGUCAA